UUCUGCAGGAAAAACGCGCCUCCGGUUUAAGAACUGCCCACGUGGGCAGCGCCUUUGAAAUAGACGAGCCCGGAAGUAGAAACCCGGGCCUUAGCCCCGCCCCUUUGCCAGCAGUUAAGAUGGCGUCCAAGGCAUCCGCGCAUGCGCUCUGAGCGCACGGCGCCACCAGCCCUUCCGUCCUGCCCCUUCUCCGGCGGAAGCGGCCGCAACAAGGGAAACUUUAUUGUUCCUCUCGCGGCGGCCUAAGGAUGUCGGUGAAUUACGCGGCGGGGUUGUCGCCGUACCCGGACAAGGGCAAAUGCGGGCUCCCCGAGAUCUUCGACACUCCAGAGGAACUGGAAAGGAAAGUGUGGGAGCUGGCACAGCUGAUCUGGCAGUCCACCAACGUGGUAUUCCACACAGGCGCGGGCAUCAGCACUGCCUCAGGCAUCCCCGACUUCAGGGGCCCCCGCGGCGUGUGGACAAUGGAGGAGCGGGGCCUGACCCCCACUUUUGACACCACCUUUGAGAGCGCUCGGCCCAGCCUCACCCACAUGGCAUUGGUACAGCUGGAGCGCGUGGGCUUGCUACGCUUCCUGGUCAGCCAAAAUGUCGAUGGGCUACAUGUUCGCUCUGGCUUCCCCAGGGACAAAUUGGCAGAGCUUCACGGAAACAUGUUCAUAGAGGAGUGUGCCAAGUGUAAGACGCAGUAUGUCCGGGACACUGUGGUGGGCAGCAUGGGACUCAAGGCCACAGGUCGGCUCUGCACCAUGGCAAAGGCUCGGGGGCUGCGGGCGUGCAGGGGCGAGCUGAGGGACACCAUCCUAGACUGGGAAGACGCGCUGCCUGACCGGGAUCUCACUCUCGCCGACGAGGCCAGCAGGAACGCGGACCUGUCCAUCACGCUGGGCACGUCCCUGCAAAUCCGGCCCAGCGGGAACCUGCCCUUGGCCACCAAGCGGCGUGGCGGCCGGCUGGUCAUCGUCAACCUGCAGCCCACCAAGCACGACCGCCAGGCCGACCUGCGGAUCCACGGCGACGUCGACCAGGUCAUGGGCCGCCUCCUGAAGCACCUGGGCCUGGAGGUCCCCGCCUGGGAUGGGCCCCAGGUGGUGCCACGCGCGCUGCCCCCCCUGCCGCGCCCACUCGCCCUCAAGGUGGAGGUCAAGGACGAAGCCCCAGAUGCCCCUGCCAGCCCCAAAAGAGAGCGGCCCGACAGCCCCACACCCCCCAGGUCCCCCAAAAAGGUGAAAGUUGAGGCGAUUCCCAGCUGACCAGAGGGUUUGGG